CAUUGCAGAUAAAGCAUGGCUAAAAUAUACAACAAAAUUGGCCAUUUGAUUAAAUCAUGGAUAGUAACUUUAACAUUUCUAAGCUUAGUUUCAGUAUAUUUAAGUUUAUACAACAAGUUGCACCUAUCAACAAAAUUGAUGUGUCAGAGUGACAUAGUGACAGAAAACAAUAUUACACUCAAAGAAGAUGACCUUAAAAUGAAAGUAAAGACAUAUCAGGCUGAUACUGCCAAAGUUACUGAAAAGCAAAACAUCUCAGAAAACUUUGGCAACUCUAUUAAGCCUGUACCUCUGGAGUUUACCACAAGCAAGAUAGACAAGACAGAAAUCCUUAACUUUGUCUCCACAAACAAUUAUACUGAGACAGAAAAACUUCAACCUUCCAUGAAAUCUGUAAACCUGAAAUAUGGAAUAAUGGAUAACAAAGGGAGCAUAAGGAGAAAUCAUUCUAAAAUGAAACUAUUCAACUUUCAGGACAAUACAAACGUGUUUCCAAAUAAGGAUAAAAUUAUAGAGAAGUUUGGACCGGAAUGGAGAUCAGCUGGGAAAGUCUGGGAAAAUGCCAACAUCAAAUGGAAAGCAACAUUUAGCAAUAUGACAUCUGAUUUGAUGAAAGAUCUUCUAGAUUUUGACUACACAAACUGGUAUCAUUUUUAUCCAUUGAACUGUGAUUUCAUUUACAAUUUAACAAGCUCAAAGCGGGAGAUUGCACGAUCGACUAAUAAAAAGGUGUAUAUAGUCAACUAUAAUGGUCCAAAUAUACGUGUAUAUCAUAUAAAUAGUCUCUUUGGCAAUAUAUCCUAUAAUGACAGCCUUGUAAUAAAGAAACUCAACAAUAAAAGAUCUCGGCAUUUUAUGUAUAAACAACGACAGAAAAUAUUAGCGAUGAAAGAAAUCUUAUUGUAUGCUCGAUUGAGAUCAAAUGAUUUAGCAAGAUUAUAUGGUUUUUGCAUAGUUACAAAAUCUGGCCGAUUUCACAGCCUAGAGACUGUCAAAAAUCUCCUAUAUAAACUAAUAACAAAACCCUAUAGGAAAGAUGUGAUUGAAAUACAUACAGUUAGUGAAUAUUUAGAACACAACUUGGAAUAUAACAUUAAGACUAGAAGAGACCAGCUAAAUGGGCCAAAGCUAUUUUUCAACAUGGUCGACAUGCAUAACAGAUUUUUACAUUCGAAACUUGGAGUAAUCAAAAAUUAUGAUGAAAAGUUAGCAAAUUAUAGACUCAAAUCUUUAAAGGGAAAACAAGAAGUUAAGAUCAUUGAUUUUGAAGCAUUGAAUACAGGAGGAAAUUGUAAAUAUAAGUAUCAUUGUUCAAUCCAACCCCUCAGUCGAAUUGCGCCAGACCUACUUCCCAAUACGCCAAAUUGUAAACGUUUUAUUGCGGAUAUAUCUAAACAGUUCUACACAAGUAUGGAAAUCAAGUACACAAUCCCAGAUCAAGAUGUGAGGAGGAUGAUAUGGAGUUUGAAACCUGUGGUUCGUCAAGAAGAGCCAUAGUCCAUGACAACUCCAUAGAGACAGAUCUUGUACAUGUAUCUCUGGUGAACAAAACAUGAUAUUUACAAAGGCCAGCCUACAUUGUAAGAUCAAACCACUUUUUAAGGUGACAAUAUUUUAUUACCAAGUAUCAAGCCAUAUUUGACAAUUGGAAACAUUUUUUUGUAUAAAUAUACUUAUUAGGACUUAACAGUAUGAAAAUUGUUCCCAUCCAAAACUGAAGUAAUCAAAUUAUACAAUAUUAAUAUGAGGCUGAGUAGAAAAUAGAUUCAAUGUUCUAAUUAAUGAAUUGGGUACCCUUUUUAAAAUUUGACCUUUCUGACCUCUCAUUUGUGUUACAAAAUAAAAACCACGUUCUGGCAAUUCAAAUGGCACAGAGCUGAACUGUGCCUUGAUUGGUCAUAAAGCUGCAUACUUAGAUAUGUUUAAAUAAAAACUACUGUUAUUAAAACAUAUCACAAGUACCAAAAGAUGUAUCGAAUUGUGCCUUAAGUUUGUGUUUACCUCUCGUUUCUUGAGUUGUCUAAGGACUAGUUUCUCUUGCUCAAUCAGCUCUGGUUCACAGCCACUUUUCCUUUGUCUCUGCAAAUAUGCAUGUUGGUCCGCAAUCUGGUUCUGUGUCACUUCUAACUUGUUCCUACAAUUACACAUUAUUGUUCAUUUUAAUAUGAUACGUGAUGACAUAAUAGCUAGAACAAUAGAUUUACUGGUCUAUAAUGGAAUAAGUAUUAUACAUGAUUGUUCAUCUGGAAAUGUAAGAAUUAUUUAUUCAAAGUGCCUUUAUAGUGCCAUAUUAAUUGCAUUGUAAUAAAGUUGUAUCAUUCAAAUUAUUGUUGGUAGAUAAUUUUACUGUGCCAUCAUGUAAAAAAUGUACAGUAGAUGUAAAUAAUAAAUAAACAGGAAUUCAAAACAAGAUUUAGUAAGUUGCAUUCGCGAAUACAAGAUUACUGUAUGUUACCUGUAUAUGCCAAGUAUUAUUUUGAAAUGAGAUACGAGUGGGAGAGUGCAUUAGGGAUUCAGAAGCAAAAUAAAAC